AUGCAAGUUAUCUGUUUGGGACUGCUCAUUUUCAGUCUGACCUGGGCAGCACCAACAUUUCAACCACAAACUGAGAAAACUAAGCAAGGCUGUGUGGAAGAACAGAAAAUAACAUACAAAGACCACCAUGGAAAACAUGAUUAUUAUAUUUUUAAGUAUGUUUAUGCAUCUUCUGGAAGGAAAAAUCCAACUGACAUAAAGUUGGAAGAAAAGAACAAAGACAAUAUUGCUCUUCACCAUUUUGGCAAGAGAAGAAAACAAGAGCCAUCUCAUAAAAACAACGUUGUCCAGGAAAGAGAGAAAGACCUGUCCCUUUUUAAACUCAGUGAAAAUAACCAAAGUAGAAGAUCCCAAAAUAUUUUGGUAAAUAGACAAACACCACACAAAGACCAUAGCAUUAGUAAAAAAGAGAAUGUCCACAAUGACCUAAAGAUGUCCGUUUAUCCUGAGUCCACUGAGAAUAAGAGAGUCAUUAAUGGAGAUGAUGCUUUCAGUGAACUACAUGACCAAGAAGAAUAUGGUGCAGCUCUCAUCAGAAAUAAUGUGCACCAUCUAACAGGGCCAGUGACUAUAACUGAACUUUUGAGGGAAAAAGAGAAAGAGAAAAAACCUAGGAAUGUUCUAAGCAAAAUCUUCAGAGUUGCUAACUAUGCUAAAGCCUCCUUGAAAGACAGCAAGAAUCAUCAAAGAGAUGCCCAUGCCCAGAAUAUACCAGUCAAAAGUAAGAGCCCUCAUCACAUCCAACACAUUACUCACUACAUAAAACAGCUCCCAAAAGUCAAAACAAUUCCAAGUGAUUUUGAAGGCAGUGGUUACACAGAUCUCAAAGAGAGAGGGGACAAUGAUAUCUCCCCUUCCAGUGGUGAUGGCUGGCCUUUUGAAGACAUUCCAGGUAAAGAAGAAGGUACUGGUCCUGACCUAGAAGGUACAAACAGUCAAACAGGGUUUUCAGGCCCAACUGGAGCUCAGUCUACUAAUCUUGAUACAAGAGGGCCAGGUUAUAAUGAGAUCCCAGAGAAAAAGGAAAAUGGUGGCAAUGCCAUAGGAACCAGGGAUGCAACAACAAAAGGGGCAAAUGCUGCUGGUGUUAGCCUUGUGGCGGGCAGCAAUGACAUCAUAGGUAGUACUAAUUUUAAGGAACUCCCUGGAAAAGAAGGAAACAGAGUGGAUUCUGGCAGUCAAAAUGCACAUCGAGGGAAAGUAGAGUUUCAUUACCCUCAUGAACCCUCAAAAGGGAAAAGAAAAGAAAGCAGUAGUGCUGUAACUAAAAGCACUAAUUAUAAUGAAAUUCCUAAAAAUGGCAAAGGUAGCACUCAAAAAGGUACAGAACGUUCUGAUAGGAACCAAGAACCCUUAAAUGAAAGACAGAGAUUUUCUGGUAAGGGGAAUAUUCAGGGCCCAUUUAUUGCUUCUUCUAGUCUUGAUAAUGAAAUUAAACACGAAGUAGGUUCUCACAAUGGCCCCACUAAUGAGAAAAACACAGUAACACACAACCAUGGUAGAAAAAGUCAUUAUGUACCCCAUAGACAAAAUAAUGCUUUGUGGAAUAAGGGUAAGUCACAAAGGAAAGGUUCCUGGAAUUACAGAAGAUCCCAUUCCAAUAGGAAUAGCCCCCGUAGAAAGGAUGAUAGCAGUGAGUCAUCUGAGAGUGACAGUUCAAGUGACAGCAGUGGGGAUUAG